UAGAAAGAGUAUAGAGGAUCAGAAAAAUGAAGCCCGGGAACUGAAGGACACUCUGGCUAAUAUUGACUCCCUGCUCGAACCAGCAGAAGGAGAACAGGUACAGAAUGAGGAGCUGGAGAUUAUUCAGGAGUAUAAGGAAGAGUUGAAGACCAAGGAUGCCCUGAUCAGGGAAAACGAGGACCGGGACACGAACUGCUUCAGCAGCAAAAGGAGGCCUGUGAGAAGAAAACGUCCCUGGAGAAAACAAUUUCCCAAGAGAGGAAUAAGAUAGUCGCCAUCUGCGCCCUGGCUAGGAACGACUACUCUAGCUCACAUAUCAAACGAGACUUCAAGGAUGGUUUAAGAGAGAUGAAGCGUCAGAAUGGGAUGUUGAACACUGAAGACCCCGAGGAGGAAGAAGACCUAUAUGUUGAUGACAGCGACGACGAUGAUGGCAGUACUAACAACUUACGGGUAUUCUGCUGCAGCUCCACUGAGUAUCAGAAGAUGAAAAACCUGCCCGCGUAUGAUGGGCCUCCGCAGGUGUUCAGUAACUUGACGGACACCCAGAUUCCUGCCCUGCGGAAUUACGUACACGAGAUGACGUACAACCGGCAGCGUCAAUCCUUGGAGAGGCUCAUACACAACCUGGGCAGGCUCGUGUUUGACAUGCACAUCUACGCCUCUGAGAGGUUAAACACGGUAAGGCAGACACAUGUUUAACAUGCAUGUCUGCACAUCGGAGUGGAAAUACGGUAAGGCAGGCUCAAACGUGACGUACAUAUCUACACAUCGGAGGGGAAAUAUUGUAAGGCAGCCUCAAACGUGAAGUGCAUAUCUACACAUCGGAGGGGGAAUACGGUAAGGUAGACUGAUG